AUGCUAGCCAUAGCCAUUACAGCAGAGCUCGAAGGCGUCACGGAUCUUCAACCAGAAGACACUGAGCAGAACCCAUUCUACUACACAUUCAAGGUGCAAUGUACAUCAUGCCGCGAGACACAUCCCAAUUGGGUGUCCGUGAGCCGUUUUGAGCAAAACGAGCAGUCCGGCAGCAGAGGAGAAGCCAACUUCGUGUGGCGAUGUAAGAACUGCAAGAGAGAACACUCGGCGAACAUCAUCGACUCGCCCAAGUCAUAUCCACAACAGAGCCCACCAAAGCCACAGAACAUCCUCACCAUUGACUGCAGAGGUCUCGAGUUCGUGGAAUUCAAGCCAGAUGGCGCGUGGAAUGCAACGGGCAUGGAGAAAGGCACAAAGUUCUCUGAUAUCGACUUGACCGAGGGAGACUGGUACGACUACGAUGAGAAGGCCGGCGAAGAGGUCAGCAUCAAGGACAUCAAAUGGGAGAUUUGCCGGGCAUGA